AUGGCCGUGGGUUUCGCCGUUGACGGGCCUCUGGCUGUCACUGGCGUCGAGGGCAAGAUAACGGCUUCCGUCGUGAUCACGUGCAUCGUCGCUGCGUCUUGCGGCCUCAUAUUUGGUUAUGACAUCGGAAUUUCAGGAGGAGUGACAACAAUGCCAUCAUUUCUGAAUAAAUUUUUCCCAUCAGUGCUGAGAAAGGAAGCAGGAAGUUCCCCCAAAAACAUUUAUUGUGUGUAUGAUAGUCAAGUUUUGACGUCCUUCACAUCCUCUCUCUACAUAGCGGGUUUGGCUGCCUCACUUGUAGCCAGCCGUCUGGCCCGGAUAGUGGGCCGAAGGAAUGUCAUGGUGCUGGGUGGCUGUACCUUCUUUGCUGGGUCUGCUAUCAAUGGUGGGGCUGUCAAUGUUGCCAUGCUUAUCUUGGGCCGUAUCUUGCUUGGAUUUGGUGUUGGGUUCACAAACCAAUCUGCACCAAUCUACCUCUCAGAGAUCGCACCACCCAAGUGGCGCGGUGCAUUCAGUACAGGCUUCCAGUUCUGCAUCGGAAUCGGGGUGGUGGCCUCCAACUGCAUAAACUACGCCACCUCGAAGCACAGCUGGGGCUGGCGCCUCUCCCUCGGCCUAGCCAUAGUCCCAGCCACCAUCAUGACCACCGGCGCCCUCUUCAUCUCAGACUCACCCACAAGCUUAGUACAACGCAACAGACUAGACCAAGCCAGAAAAUCUCUCAUCAAAAUCCGAGGCAAGGAGGAUAUCGAAGCAGAACUUGCCCAGCUCGUUAAGGCCAGCGAGAUCGCCAAAGCUCUCAACGAGGAGCCAUUUGUGACCAUAUUUCAGAGGCAGUACAGGCCUCAGCUUGUGAUCGGGGCCAUUGCCGUGCCGUUUUUUCAGCAGGUCACUGGCAUUAAUAUCAUUGCUUUCUAUGCGCCUGUGUUGUUUCAGUCUGUAGGGUUUGGCAACGACUCUGCUCUCAUUGCGUCUAUUAUUCUUGGGUUGGUUAAUCUUGGCUCGAUCCUUGUGUCGACGUACAUGGUUGAUCGUCAUGGCCGGAGGUUUUUGUUCAUGGAGGGUGGCAUCCAAAUGGUCAUCUGUCAGGUUGCGGUGGCUAUUGUUCUAGCAGCUACAACAGGUACCGAUGGCAACGGGCACAUCUCAAAGGGCUAUGCCAUACUAGUUCUGGUCUUGAUGUGUUUAUAUGCUGCUGGUUUUGGUUGGUCAUGGGGUCCUUUGAGUUGGCUUAUACCAAGUGAGAUUUUCCCCAUGAAAAUUCGACCCACAGGCCAAAGCAUGGGGCUUGCUGUCAACUUUGGUGUUACAUUUGUGCUAUCCCAAACCUUUUUGUCCAUGCUAUGCCAUUUAAAAUAUGCCACAUUCUUGUUCUACGGCGGUUGGAUUAUGGCAAUGACCGUCUUCGUCGUGCUUUUCUUGCCAGAGACGAAAGGAAUCCCAUUGGAUCAAGUGCAUACGGUGUGGGUGAAGCAUUGGUACUGGCGUCGAUUUGUUCAAGGUGACCUUAAGGAUACCAUUGAUGAAAAAGAGUAA